CCAGAAGGUCCGCCUUCCGCUGUUGCCUGGCAACGAACGUAAACAGCACAGGAUCAUGGCCUCUAACUACAGUGCCAACCAGUACGAAAAAGCUUUCUCACCCAAGUAUCUGCAGAAUUGGUCUCUUGCCAAGCCGACAAAAGAGAGCAUCUCUUCCCAUGAAGGCUACACUCAGAUUAUCGCCAAUGAUCGUGGUCAUCUGUUGCCUUCUGUGCCCCGCUCCAAGGCAAGUCCCUGGGGUUCCUUUGUGGGCACCUGGCAAAUGCCUCUGAAGAUACCCCCUGCUCGGGUGACCUUGACUGCCCGGUCAAAUGCUGGUGCUGCCUCACUCACCAAAUGGAUACAGAAAAAUCCUGAUUUACUCAAGGCUUGUAAUGGGCUGCGCCCGGAAGUCUUAGGCAAGCCCCAUGAUCCAGACAGUGAGAAGAAACCCAGAAAGAAGUCUACCACAAAGACGGUACAACAAGCACCAUGUCCAACUGUAAUUCCAAGCUCCCCAACUAAUCUCAAUUGCUCAGAAGAAUCUCAAAGUUCACAUCCCUCUGCAGGUCACACUCCAGGUCCCCAAACCCCACUCAACUCUCCUGAAAUUGCACCGGAAAGCCCUGUGUGCCUGGAAGCAGGUCCUAAUCUAGCUGAGAUCCAAAACUGCAAACCUGGAACGUCCGAGGGGAUCAAGGGGCCACGCUGAGAAAAGCUGUCCAGAGUCUGAAUUGAAGUAAACAUGAUCCUCUGGUCAGAAUGCAGAACAGAAAAAUUAUGGGACAGGAGUAAAGGCAAAUUUGGACAAUAAACGUUGUUUGUUGAAUCUGAA